AGUGUAGUUUGCACAUGGCUGAUUCAUGUACGUAAGCUGCUUUCUUCUGGAGUUUAGGCAAAAAACACUGGUCAGCUCGCUCUUAUGUGACCGCAUGGAGUGAUCUGGAUGGAUUACAACCUUUUUCAGGCAAGCCUCUUUUGGACGGACUUCACCUUCCUUUUUGACUUAGUGUGCCUAUCUUAACAUGUGGCUCUGCAGUUCUAACCACCAGCACAGGUUUCUGCUUGUCUGGUGUAGAAAACUGUGCAGACUGGUGGUGCCUAUGGGUUCUCCAGCAGGGUCCUCUCUCCUGGGCCCAGAGGACAGGAGCUGGGACCCUGCAGUCAGAAGGCGCCACAGAGGGUCAACUACCCCCAAUGCUCCGCAUCAGCCUACUGCAGCUGAAGGGAUGUCAGACCGUAGGAGGUCAUCAUCCCAGAGUAAAUCUUUAAAGACUGAGAUUCCGCCGUCACAGAAGCGGAACCUCGAGAAGGGAGGUGUCUCCAAAGUAUCAUCGGAGCUCAGGAAACUGUGUCUGGAAGACUUCCCCACGCGUGAGGCGAGGCAGUCGAGGCCAAAGCCGACGGAGACCUCUGAAGUUGUUUUUGGGGUUGCUCCUUGUCUCCUGGCUCUCACCCAGAGGAGAAGGAAGGCCUACCAGCUGCUGGUCAAAGACGGCGAGACCUCUCAGAGGGCUUCUGUCUUAACCAUAUGCGAGGAGGCACAUCGGCGAGGGGUACAAGUCAGUCGGGUCAGCAAGAAAGACCUGGACAAGAUGUCCUCGGGUGGGGUACACCAAGGGGUGUGUCUGCGGGCGAGUCCCCUGAGCUUCCUCCCCGUCGACGCCGAAUCCGACGCGAGUGGCGCCGGCGUGCCUCUGUGGCUCGUUCUGGACAGAAUCCAGGACCCGAUGAACCUCGGGGCCAUCCUGCGCUCCGCUUAUUUCCUGGGCGUGGACAAGGUGGUCAGCAGCCUUCACUACAGCUGCCCGCUGUCUCCGGUGGUCAGCAAGGCCAGCUCGGGCGUCCUGGAGGUCAUGGGAGUGUACGGGUGCGACGGCCUGGAGGAUAUGCUGAGGAGCAGGGCGGCUGGCGGCUGGCAGGUGGUCGGCACAGUGGGAGCGGAUCCAGGGGAGUCCCAGGUUCCCGUUAUCCCCUGUUCUGACUUCCGGGUGACCGGGCCGACGAUGGUGCUGAUGGGGGGCGAGGGGGAAGGGCUCUCUGGGAAGCUCCUCUCUGUCUGCCAAACCCUGCUCACGAUCCCAGCUGGAAGAGUCUUGUCCCCCGGCGUUGAUUCUCUGAACGUCUCUGUGGCCGCGGGCAUCCUCCUGCACUCUCUGCUGCUGGCGAGGUCCAGAUGUUCGUCACAGAAGGAAGCCGAGAAUUAGUACCUUAAUGCUCUGCUAAAACAACCUCUGGCUCAUUCUGAAUCUGAAAACAUGAAGCCGAUGAUCUACUGGUAUUGUUAUCAGUAAAACUCAUGCGGAUUAAAAACAUCA